ACCUAAAACCAGAAGGAAUCAUACUGCCAGGGAGGUUAAAAUGUAAUGUAAAAUUGCUGUAUGAUGGUGUAUAAACAGCAAAAAAACAAAGCCAAUUGUACUUAUUUUGCUGAUAGAUCAGGUAAAUUUUAUAACCCCUGUCAGGUGUUUAUUACUGUCUGUGUCUGUGACUGGGAAAUCACCCUCUUUAUUUGUCCUGCUCACCAUUGUUAUUGGGUCUGAAUAUUUGGGAAAAAAAGUCAAAAUUUUAAGCGGUAACUGGAACGAGUCAAUAAUGGGAAAAUCUUCCAACUAUUAAAAAAUAGAUUUUUCUCACUUUGGAGAGAUUUACUCUCACUUCCUGUUGCGUUUACAGGAAAAGAACAGUACAUUUCCCCAAUGGGCCACAGGCAAUACAAGAUCCUGUACAUUGACUUUAACCAUUAGCCAUAAAUAUUCAUCUGCAUUGUCCAGACAUAGAUCUUUUUUAUUAUUAUUGUUGGAAGCAAGUCUCCUUCUAUUCUACUAUGCAGCUGUCUGAAAAUUGUGAAAUUUAAAAGAAAGUCAUCUUCUAAGGUGUUUAUUCAAUUGUUGAUUACUUGGCAAUGAAAACUUGAUUAAAAAAAUAAUAUAAAUUCCUGAAUUGUCUUAUAUUUUUAUACAAAUAGUUUAAUACAGCACAAUGGAUCUAGGAAACAUAAAAGACAUUCUCAGUGGAAAAGAUGUGCCUCUCCCUGUAGAGUCCACCAAUACUGUCCGACUCUUCAUAAGCUCCACAUUUUCAGAUAUGGCGGAGGAGCGUAAUGCACUAAUGGAGAUGGCCUAUCCUGAGAUACAAACCUUUUGCCAGCAACAUGGACUAACAUUUGAGGUUGUGGACAUGCGUUGGGGAGUACGAGAUUAUGCAUCAGUGGAUCACAUGACUACAGAUCUUUGUCUAAAGGAAAUUAAAGUUUGUCAGAAAACCUCUAUGGGACCAUAUUUUAUUGGUUUGGUUGGUGAUCGAUAUGGUUAUAGACCCAUGCCUCGAGUUAUUGGUGAGGAAGAAUUUAAUAUUUUGCAUAAAAAAGUACUCAAGGAUGAAGUUCAAGCUCAGUUGCUGACCCACUGGUAUUGGAAAGACACCAAUUCUGUUCCUCCUAUUUAUAUUUUUCAACCAAUCACAGUUCACUUUCCUCAUUUCUCUGACACAAAUCCAUGCCAUGCAGAGCUUCAGGCAAAAGAAAUCAAGGAGUGGAAAGAAACUGAAAAACGACUAUCUGAGGCAAUACGCUCAGCAGCAGAAAAUGCUCAGAAAGAAGGACUGAUUACAUUAGAACAAAAACACAAGUAUUUCAGAUCAGUGACAGAGUGUGAGAUUGAUUGUGGACUAUUUGCCUCUAACACAGAUGUGGAAGGCUCUACUAUUUUCUUCAGAGAAAUUAAAGACAUUGACCUCUGUAAAGAGAAUGCUUCACAAUUUUUAGAUGUCAAGGAAGAUGGGAGUCCUGACUCAGAAGCUCAAGGUCUUUUAGAAAAUUUCAAAUCCUGCAUUGUCGAGAAACAUUCAAACAAAGUAAAAACAUUCACAGUGGAGCUAAGCAAACAGACAUUAAAGACCACUUACCUUAGGAAGCUUUGUGAUCAGGUCAUUGCUCUUGUAAAUCACCAGAUACUUAGAUGUCUUUCUGCAAGAGAAAAGGAGAUAUCAGAAUCACAGAAACAAUAUCCUUGGUUAGGAGGGCUACUGCAGGAGGUAACACAUCAUCUGCAUUUGUCACGUACAAAGUCAGAAGUAUUUUGUGGACGUCAGGAUUUGCUCAACACCAUUUUGAGUCGACUCAGGAAUAAUACAACCCUUGUGCAGUUCCCUCUCAUCAUCUAUGGAGCUUCUGGGUUAGGAAAAACUGCUCUUAUGUGCAAGGCUUUUGAACUGAUGAGACAAUCUGCAACAACUGAUGGAAAUCAUGUGUUAGUCUUAAGGCUUCUUGGAACUUCACCUCAAAGCUCUGAAAUCCAUGAUGUUCUCAAAAGUAUUUGCUAUCAGGUAUGCUUAGCAUUGGAUCUGCCCCUCCCCACUGCACAGGUCACUAACAUUUACAAUGAAACAGUGAGAUUUUUUCACCAGAUCCUCACACAAGUAUCCAAUCAAAGGUCAGAAACGUUGGUGCUUUUUCUUGACUCACUUGACCAGCUUUCCUCUUCAGAAGGAGCCCAUCAUCUCCACUGGCUACCAAAGGAAUGCCCAGCCAAUGUGCACAUUGUCUUGUCCACAUUACCUCACGAAGGAGGCAUUCUGAACACCCUACAAGAGAAAAUUACAGAUGCAACUUCUUACUUGGCGGUGCAACAACUCUCUGCUGAACAAGGGGACCAGGUGAUUAAAAUGCUCAUGUCUUCAGUUGGACGGAAGUUGACUCCUGCCCAACUUGAUAUUGUACUUAACAGCUUCAGCAAAUGUGGGCAGCCACUGCUUCUUAAACUGGCAUUCGAUGAAGCCAAGAGAUGGUCAUCUUACACACCACCCUCAGAAAUCCAUAUUGCUAUAAGUACAAAAGAAGCUGUGUAUCAGUUGUAUAAAAGGAUGGAAGAUGUUCAUGGCAAAUUACUGGUAUCUCAUGCCCUGGGUUACAUUGCAGCAUGCAGGACUGGUCUAUCAGAAGCUGAACUAAAGGAUAUUCUUUCUAUAGAUAAUGAGGUUCUCGCCGAUAUUUAUCAGUAUUGGGCUCCUCCAAGAAGUGAUGUCAUACGAAUUCCUGCACUGUCGUGGACUCACUUACGGCAUGACCUAGAAGGAUAUUUGGUGGAGAGGCAGGCCGAUGGAAGCACAGUACUGGGCCUAUACCAUAGGCAGUUCAUUGAAGUAGCACAGGAACACUACUUGAGUGAUUCAGAAAAGAAGAAAAGACAUCAUACCCUGGCAGAAUAUUUUUUGGGAACAUGGAGUAUGGGGGCUCUUCGGUGGAUAAAUCUUCCACUCCUCAAGCAAUCCCUAUCUGCUGACCGAAAGGUAGCACCACAGCCACUGUGGUUCUCGAAAGAUAUGCCCAAUCUGAGAAAAAUGAAUGAGCUUCCUUACCAUCUUCUUAACGCAGGUGACAUUGACGAAUUGCAAAAAGAAAUUCUAGGUAAUAUGAACUGGAUAUCUAGCAAAAUUGUUGCUUGUGGAAUCAACAGUCCCAUCAAAGACUUUGAUAUGAGCUUGAAACACAUUGAAAAUAAUGAGGCCAAGCUUGUGCAUGACACACUGCGACUUUUUCAACCCACUAUCAACUUCAUUGAAGGCGAUAUAGAUCCCUGCAUCAUAUAUGUUGAGAUGUUGGCAAGGCUGCAUUUCUUUAAACUGUCCUGCCCAUCUUUAAUUGGUGACCUCUGCAAGCAAUGUUUCACCUGGUUUGAGCAGUAUAAAAAUCCCACCUUUAUUCCUAUAAGUGGAUUUUUUCAGCCCCCUGGUGGACCUCUACAGACCACUCUUACAGGAUUCAAGAAAGGCAUCACAGUAAUGGAAGUUUGCCCGUACAAGGAUCUUGUUGUUGUAGGAUCUGAUGAUGGCACAAUGAUAGUGUGGGACAUAAAGGACAUUGAAGUAAUUCACACAUUAAAUGGUCAUACUGCUGGGAUACUAUGCAUCCAGGUUUUUGGUCAAGGAACACGUACAGUCUCUGGCUCUCUUGACAAUACUCUGCUUCUGUGGAAUCUGGUAACUGGUAAACAUUAUCUGACUAUUCAAGAAGACCACACAAAUUAUGAAAAUGCCUAUCUGCAUGUGGAUGAAAAGAAUGGGAUAGUUUAUUCAGCAGCAGGAUCUCAGGUCUGUGGAUGGAAUAUUGAAUCUGGGGAUCCUGUUCUGUGCUUUUCGCCAGGAGUUCCUGGGUUUCCAUUGCAAGCUGCUGUAUUUUCCCCACAACAAACUGUAAUGACAGUAACUGAAGGAGGAACAGUUCACAUCUGGGAAUCCUCCACAGGACAUCUAAGGGGUUCAAGGCAGAUACCUGGUAUGGAUGCUGUGACUGCACACCCAGUAUGUAGCUGCAUUAUUCCCAAAUAUGGAAAGAUGGUGGUUGGGUUCCAAAAUGGCCUUCUGGCAUUGAUUUCCACUGGAGGAGCUGUAUCAGCUGAACAAAUGCCCAGUGCUCUAAUCUUUGCAGUGGUCUCUGAGGAUGAGUCAUUAUUUGCUGCAGGAUUUGGGAAACAAGUGCAAGUAUUUCGGGCCGACUCUAACACUCUUAGGACAUUUCUAGAAUCCUGUCUAGAACAUGAUGACAUGGUAAAAACUGCUGUAAUACAUAGUCACAAGAAGAUCAUUGUAACUGGAUCCCAAGACGAAACUAUUCGAGUCUGGAGUUUGUCUAAGAGGGGAGCUCUUCUAGACACAUUUUUUGGUAUGGGAGUAUCAGUCACUGGACUGGCUUUAAAAGGAAGCACUUUAUUAUCUUCUUCUAACACUGCUUACUACCUCAAACUUUGGAACCUAGAUUAUGAUCAGAAGCACAAGACAUUGCCUCCUUUUCAGGAUCGCAGUGGCUGUGUCGCUCUAUCCAAUGGAGGUGACCGGGUUUAUUUCCCAAAAACUGGAGACAAACACAAGAUUGUGGUCUGGGACACAGUGCAAGGUCUUAUGACAGAUAUCCUUGAGGCCUCUUCUGAAGUAACAUGCCUGGAAGUUGCCAACAUCAAGAGGAUUUUGUUCUGCGGUUUGACGUCUGGCACUUUACUGGCUUUUCCAUUAGACCAAAGGCAGGAUGUGGCAUGUAUUCCACCACCUUAUCAUAAUUUGGCUGUGAUUUGUCUGUCAUUAAGCAAACAAGAAAACUGUCUGGCUAUAGCACACCGCAAUCUGAUUCUCCUCUAUCAAGUUACAAAGGGGAAUCCUCUUCCAAUUCUUGAUGGCCCAGUACACUCCAUACAUCCAGAAGUCCCAAGUGCUGUGAGCAAUAUAGCCAUAUUUGAAGAUCAAAGGGUUAUCUAUGGUACAGAGAGAGGAGACAUGUGUCUUUUUAGCCCAGAAAAGAAUGAAAAGUGUUUAGAUUCUCAUGUAAGCAAAGUCACUUGCUUAGAAACAAGCUCAAAGGAAAUGUAUGCAUUAAGUGGCUGUGAGGACUCAGUUCAGCGUCUCUGGAACAUGGAAACUGGUUGCUGGGAACAUGAAAUGUGUUACAAGGGCUUUUUCUUUCAAGGAGUUGAUUGUGCCUGCUUCUCACCAGAUGAUUGCUAUAUUUAUACUGGAUCUAAGGACAGAGCCAUCAAAGUAUGGGAUGUGUCCACUGGUGCCCUGCUUGCAGUACAAUAUGUAUAUGCAACUGUCACCCGAAUUGUCUCUACUCCUAGUGGAUUUAUAGGAACCACGCGUCUGGGCUACGUGAUUCGAGAGAAGUUUCAGUGCCCGGAAACCAUCAGCCCUCAGUACGACCCACUUCAAAACAUCAAAGCCACAUGUACUGUCAAUUCUAGAAAGUCUAAAGGUGCCAACAACAAAACUGUCAAAUUGGAAGCAAAAAGUUUAAGGAAAUGGUGGCGAUGCAAAGAACAAGCAAGCAAAAAUUCACAAAUCUGCAUCAUUGUUUAAAUGAAAGAACAGUCAUAUAUCUAGUUUGCCAUUUUUACGUUUUUCCUGAAAUAUUUAUGAAAACAGUUUUUGGCACUUUAUUUGAAAAACUGAGCAAAAUAUGUUAUACAAAUGUGUAAUUUGCCAAAUAUUUACUUGUAAUAACAAAGUACUUUUUAAAUA